AUGGUCACGGGUAAGAAUUCGAGUCGCUUGACAAGCGACCAAUCGCUAUAUUUUCAGCUGGACGACGACAAGGCUGAUUACUUCAGUCCACUUGAUGCACCUGAAUAUACAUUCCCCUCAACUACGGCCUGCUGGGGCUCAGAGCCGGAACCAUUGACGGUUCUCUCGCUCCCCCGAGACUCAUUCAAGCUCCCAAGGGAUGCUAGUGUAGAGACUUUGGUCCAGAAUGCUAUUGAUAAUGAUGACGUGAUAAGCCCGAGGUGGUUGCAAAAGGUAGCCGUUGUUCAUGAUGGCGAUAACGAUGAUGAUACCGAGAGCGGUAUAUCUGGUUCUCAGCUCGAAUGCCUCAAAAACAGGUAUGGUACUACGGAUAUCACAUUGGACAGCCGUAUCCCGAUGAUCGAUCAGAACGCAAAACAUGGAGCUCCCACAGUUCACACGUUAGAGCUGGUUACGACGAGAGAUGUCGCAUCCGGAGCCUACUUGGCUAAAUCAAUGGAUGGUGUUCUGAAGCUCUAUCCCGUUUAUCGAUUGCAUCCUGAUAAGACUUCUGCACAUGUGACUGGUUGUUACCCCUCUCCAGAAGGUGAUGGGACGUAUAAGACGUUGAACAAAACCGAUUCUAGAAAACACAAUUUGAUACCUGUUCGAUCGAAAUCAUCAGGUUCGGGACCAAGGGUUACGGUCAAAGACAUCUACGAUGUUCAAGGCCUCGUCACAGGGAACGGUAGUAGGAUCUGCACCGAGCAUGGAGAGCCGGCAAAAGCGAAUGCAACGUCCAUUCAGGCGCUCCUGGACUCUGAGGUGCAAAUUGUCGGUAAAACGCAAUGCAAUGAGUUCGCAGGGAGAGGACCAAAUAUCGAAGAGAAUACUCAAUUUUCUUAUCCAUGGUCUCUUCGAGCCGAUGGGUACCAGUCAGUAGGAGGAUCCUCUAGUGGCGCCGCGUCAGCUCUGAUUGCGGCGGAUUACCUUGAUGCCGCUUUAACAUCGGAUACAUGCGGAUCAACACUUUAUCCAGCAGGCUGCAGUGGUCUGUACGGAAUGAGGCCAACUCAUGGAGCGGUCUCAAUGCAAGGUGUUCUUUCGUUCUGUCCAGAAUCAGAUACGGUUGGAAUUAUGAGUAGAGAUCCAGCAAUCUUGACGGACCUAGCUCGUAAAUGGUUCUCAACCUCGGACAAAGUCAAACCACAUACAAAGUUACCCAAGGAGGUGCUGGUACCUUCAGAUGACUUGAAGAAUAUGAGCUCCGAUGUCAAGAACCGAUUCGAGACCUUCAUCGAGAAAGUUUCGCAUAACUUGGGUAUGACUGUCAAAUAUAUCAAUAUGAGUAUAGAAGGACCGAAUGAGGAGAAAUGUAUGAUAACUCCGGCAGAAUUCAGAUUACUGAACCUAGCGGAUCAGUGGAGAGAUGUCGGUAAAGAGUUUGUGGAUGAUUAUGAGAAAGCGAACGAUGGUAGAUGGCCUCCACUGGGAGGUUACACGAGAUCUGGAUGGAAAAAGGCCAAAGCUGAGCAUUGGUCCGAGGAAGAUUUCGGAUUUUAUAAGGACAAAUUAGCAAAAACGGGAGAGAUGAUCACUAAACUGUUCAGGCCCAAUCAAGAGUCGAUAAGUGAAUCCAUUUUCAUUAACUUAUGGGAUCCGUCUUCAUACCCUUACUAUCGCGAAAAGUCCUUGUUGGCAGAUCAUCUGACUCCUCCUUCUGUGCAACCAGUCAGUCCCGUGCACCUUCCGGCCUAUUCGGGAUGCCCAACAAUUGUGGCGCCUUUCGACCAAGUCCCGUUCAAUAGUGUGAUCUCGGGAAAAGAAGAAAUGCACCCUCUGGCUGUUAGCAUGAUGGGUCCACAAGGCUCAGAUCUGAUGUUGGCGGAAAUCGUCGACAAGUUGACAUCGGCCGAUAUCUUGAAAACCGUCAAAACUGGCAGAGAAGCCUUUUGA